AUGGAACUGCACUUUUCCACUAGUUUCCACCCACAGACAGAUGGACAAACAGAACGAGUCAAUGCCUUACUAAAAUGCUACUUGAGGCAUUAUGUGAGCGCGCAUCAAAAAGAUUGGGCAAGGCUCCUAGACAUCACUCAAUUCUUAUAUAGCUUGCAGCGAAGUGAGUCCACGGGGCAGAUACCAUUUGAGCUAGCCAUAGGCCAACAACCACAAACUCCACAUUCAUUACCAGCUGCAUUCAAGGGAAAGUGCUUGGGGGCUUAUCAUAUGGCCAAAGGAUGGGAGGAGCAGCUUGACACUACUAAGUCCUACUUGUAUAGGGCAGCUAAGGUGAUGAAAAAGUUUGCGGACCGUGAGUGGCGUCCCAUAGACUAUAGAGUUGGGGACAUGGUCAAGGUGAAGUUUAACUCGAGACAGUUCAAGGCACUACGAGGCAUGCAUCCGAAUCUGAUUCGCAACAUGCUUAAGCCAUAUCACGAAGACAACGAUGAUCCGAGUAGGGGCCAAUCAAGUCGAGCGCCUAUUACUAUUAUCUCCUCGCAUGAUCGAGAGAUUGAGGCUAUCAUGGAUUACCAGGACAAGGAAAAACAAGGGCAGAAAGACACCAUUAUGUUCCUCGUCCAUUGGAAGGGGGAAUCUCAAAGGAGGCCACGCGGGAACGAUAUGAAGAUUUAUGAUAAUUCAAAGAUAACUAAGAUCCGAGAGUUUAUGCAGCAGCAUUGCGCCGUGGUCGUCGCAACAUUUAAUUGGGGAGAGUGUGAUGAUCCUUACUGUUAUCAUGCCACAUAG